UUCAUGUAAGUUACAUGUGAAGAUCCACCACUUCCUAAGCCGAUAACACUCGCUACAUAUAAAAGCAGUGUGCCUUCUCUAUAUUUUAUAUGUAUCAAGUGACUAUACAUACUUAUUAUACUUGGAUAGUCUCACUAUCUCAUUCUUUUCCAUCUGCUGUUCGUUGCUUAUCUUCUUUUGGGCGCGAGAUAUCACAUUGAACAUAUCUCAGUCGGUGCUUCGUUAUCUGCCAGCAAUUUAUAUAUCUACGUGGAUUUGAGUUUUCAAUAUAUGAGAAUCACUUUUUGUCAACAUACCUCUCCGGCUCUCACCUCUUAUGCUCACCCUCAACAAACAACUUUUUAAAUUGUUAAGGACAACGCCACGCUCAACACUACCUACUAAAAUGUCUUUAUCUCAGCUUGUGGACUCGAAAACACAUUUGAUACCUGGUAAGAUGGUAUUUCUUUUUUGAAAUUUUAUAUCUGCUUAAUAGGUAUACUUUUUCUUCUUCUAUCUCAUUGCGAAUUUGUUUUUAUCCGCCUCCUCAAUUGAGCUCAGUCUAGGUCAAUCUGUGAGCAUAGCUAGGUUUCUUAUCUGGACUUUUGAUCUUUUUUCUCCUCUGCUUUCUUACUCAAACAUAAGAAAUAAAGUUAACAUACCUACAGGGAAACUUAAGGUCUCGGAGUUAUUCUUCGAAGUCCCUUUGGAGUGAGUGAUUUUCCCGAAAGUAUUCCUUCUUGCUAGAAGCAAGCAGCAUUCGGUAUCUCUUCUUGAGACAAGAGGCUGAUUCGAACCUAUCUAGCUAUUCAAAUGAAUCAAAAGGUUCGAUCCGAAUCUUCGCGCGAAGCGUGAUCAGACAUGAGAAUCCAGCAGCAAAAUCCACUGAAGAAGAAAUCCGCAAGUCUUCCCAAAAGCCCUGGUUCGUCUACCUUCAAGGUGGACCAGGUUUUGGAUGCAGACCUCCUCAAGAUGCUCCAAUUACCAACGUGGUUCUUGGUAAAGGCUAUCAGAUGCUGUAUAUCGAUCAACGUGGUACUGGAUUGAGUAAUCCCAUCUCGGCUGCUACUUUGGCUUUACAGGGUGAUGCCCAUCGUCAAGCGGAUUAUCUUAAGCAUUUUAGAGCUGAUAAUAUUGUGAGGGAUUGUGAGGCUAUAAGAAAGAUCCUUACUGCGGAUUAUCCUGAAGAGCUUAAGAAGUAUGUGAUUUAUUCGUCUUUCUCAGAUUCUCCUGUCUCGAGGUUUUGUCUUCUUCCAUGCUCUCCAGACUUCCGCCUCUGAAUGCACAGCAGUUCCGUCUUCCAUAUCGUGGAUUCACACUACAAGUGAGAAUGGACAUCCGCUAACAUUUCCAGAUGGUCCGUCUUCGGCCAAUCCUUCGGUGGUUUCUGCGUCCUCACCUAUCUCUCAUUCCACCACCAAGGCCUCCGCGAAGUCUUCACCAGCGGUGGUCUCGCCCCAGUCGGUCACUCAGCCGACCGAGUCUACCGCGCCACCUUCCAAAAAGUCAUUGAGCGAAAUCGAGCCUACUAUCAAAAGUUCCCCGAAGAUGUCGCUGUAAUUCAAGGACUAGCUAUUCAUAUUAGCGCUAAGAAUGGACUUCAAAUGCCAUCGGGUGGUACCUUGACUGUGAGGAUGUUCUUAACUAUGGGGAUUAAUUUUGGUUUCCAUGGGGGACUGGAUAUGGUUCAUGAUAUUGUGUUGAGGAUGAGCUCGGAUUUGGAUCAAUUUUCUUUCGUUACUAAACCUACUCUUAAGGCUAUUGAGGAUAUGGUCAGGUGAGCGAAAUCUGUUUUAUUUUUUGCAUACUAUCUCCCAAGUGUCUAGCCAUCUUUGGAUUUUUCAUCAUUCUCCUCCCUUGUACUUCUUUGGUUCCUCGCUGCCCGCUACAUCUACUUCGUGGAAGGCACAUACUGACUUCCCAUUGUUACAGUAUGGAUAACAACGUAAUCUACGCCAUACUCCACGAAUCAAUCUACUGCCAAGGCAAAGCCUCAGACUGGGCUGCCGACCGAGUAAGUUUUCACAUCCCUUCCACCCUCUCACCCUCCACACAAACCCUGACCCCUCCCUCCCUCCACAGGUCGGCAAAACCCUCUCAGAAUACAAAUGGCUUUCUGGACGCCCCCGCUCUCCCACCUCUAUAAUCAGCGAACCCCUCUACUUCUCCGGCGAAAUGAUCUACCCCUUCAUGUUCGAGACAUCCCCAGAACUCUCCUCCAUCUACCCCGCCGCAAAACUCCUCGCUGAAUACACCGACUGGCCACCCUUAUACGACGAAUGGCAAUUAGCACGCAACGAGGUACCUAUGUAUGCGGCUACGUAUGUGGAUGAUAUGUAUGUAGAUUUUGGGUUGGCGCAGGAGACAGUAAGGUUGGUGAGGGGUUGUAAACAGUGGGUUACUAAUGGGAUGUAUCAUGAUGCGGUGAGGAGUCGGACAGGGGAGAUGAUGGGGGAGUUGUUUGGGUUGAGGGAUGAUGUUAUUGAUUGAUUGAUUGAGUGGUGGGGAUGAAGGGAGGAGCGAGGAAAUGGAUGCCGGGAUAGGAUGGAUGGGGUGGGAAGGAAAGUGGAAGUUGAUGAUAAAAACGUUACGAGCAUAACAGACAGCAAGCGAUUUUUAACCAUGACCAUGAAAUAAAACGAAAUGAAAUAAAAAUAGACAAUAA